UGGCUAGAGGAUUUUAUGGAUGACAGUCAUAUCUCAUGCAUGGUCUUUGAAGGUACCACAAUCAUUGUCAACAUAGGGAGUAUUUCAUUGGAAUCUGUGAAAACUGUCUUCAAUUAGAAAACAAAGAAAUUAAUGAGUCUGUUUUUCAUGCUACUCAGGCCAUGGAAUGAGGAUUAUGCAAGUUUGUUUUUAUUGCCACAUCUAUUUUGGAGGUAUAAGAGUCCCUGGGCAGAUGGCAACAUUCAUACUUGGGAAACACACCCAAGUACCAAACAGAAACCCCAGCUCCUGACACUAUGAGAUCCUACUACGGCAAUGACUAUGGUGGCCUGGGCUAUAGAUGUGGAGGCCUGGGUUAUGGCUAUGGCCUAGGCUGUGGCUGUGGUUGUGGUGGCUUUAGAGGCCUAGGGUGUGGCUGGGGAGGCCACAGAUAUGGCUGGUGCCGCCCAUCGUGCUAUGGAGGAUAUGGAUUCUCCAGCUUUUAUUGAAAAGGAAAAAGACUGGUGUUUUGGGACUUUAGAACCUUACAAUCACCCUACUGCUAAUUCUUUCACGUCUUUGUAUUUCCGUCGGAUUCCAGAUACUGCUCUGGCCAUCUGGCCACAUGUACAGUGAAGACGAUCAAAACUCACACUG